UGCCAAAUAUAAAAGACCAGUGAGCCUUGCUAGCCAGGAAGUAUAUGCAGUCGGUUCUUACUUGUUCGGUCCAAGGGAAAACAAAGCGGCAGGAAAUAUGGGAUUUUUAGAUACCUUUUGGGAAAUGCAGCCCUUGUUGCCCAGGAAAUCCUUCUCUUCCAAAACAUUCCGCACCCUGCUAGUGCUGGAGCUAUGGAACAGGCUGCUGAAGUUAUUCCAAGAAAACACUUGCAGUUUGGAAAAGAAAGGAAGUGACUCUUUUUUGCCUGUAUGCCAGGUUUCCUGAUGCACAGGUAGCCAGAAGGAAGCCUCCCAUAUCUUUGGGUGAUGAUUAGGUGCUGUGUUUACAGACACACCCGGCCAGGUGUGCAGGCAGUGCUGGGUGCAGGCGAGUAGUGGCCGUGCGCAGAGAUAUCCGCAGUGUCGCACAACAGCACAGUGAGUAAGAGGCUGACGGUUGGUGGGAUGGGUAUAGAUAGGCAAAGGCUAACAGGCACGCAGUAGUCUCCAGCCUCCCAGGUUCCUGAAGCUGGCUGCCAGACUGAAGACAGAGUCUCCUCUUGGCUCAGUUGCAGCUAAUUAGGGGAUACUUUGAAAGCAUUUCCUUCUAGUAUGACCAGCAAGUCCAGUGAAGUUGAACUGCUUUAGUGGGAAGCGAAGGUGACCAUGGCAGUGGCAUUGGAGAAAGCCAAGGAUGAAGUGCCCCAGGACCCUGAGCAGUCCUUCCUGGCAACUCUGAGUGACCCACAGGUGACCCUGCUGUCCGUCCACAAGCAGUGGUCCUUCAGGAGGAGCCCUGGAGCCAGGGCCCUGUCCAGCCCAGUGUCUUCAGAGGAACGCUCCUGCUUGCCUCCCUCAGGGGGAGAAUUUCCACUAACAGCUUUGAAUGGAGCCUUGGAAACAAGUUCCCAUCAGAGUUUACCUAAACUUCCUUUUCCUGCUCGCUCUUGGAAACAAGCAAUGAAGCAGAGUUUUGCCUUUGACAAUAUCGGCUACGAAGGGGGUGUGGACAGCCUGUGCCCUUCGCCGACUGUCACCAGCACCAUUGGCAUUUUGGGCAUGACUUGCCAAUCCUGCGUCAGGUCCAUCGAAGGCAAGAUUUCUGGUUUGAAGGGCAUCGUGAACUUUAAGGUUUCCUUGGAACAAAGCAACGCAACUGUGAAAUAUGUGCCAUCAGUCAUCAGCCUCCAACAGGUUUGCCACCAAAUUGGGGACAUGGGCUUUGAAGCCAGCAUUGCAGAAGGAAAGGCUGCCUCCUGGCCUCUGAGGACUUUGUUAGCCCAAGAGUCAGUCGUCAAACUGCGGGUGGAGGGCAUGACCUGCCAGUCUUGUAUCAACUCCAUUGAAGGCAAGCUGCGGAAACUGCACGGCGUAGUAAGAGUCAAAGUUUCACUCAGCAACCAAGAGGCAGUUAUCACUUACCAGCCUUAUCUUAUUCAACCCGAAGACCUCAGGGACCAUGUCAGUGACAUGGGAUUUGAAGCCUCCAUCAAGAACAAAGUGGCUCCCUUAAGUCUGGGACCAAUUGACAUCGGCCGGUUGCAAAGUGCUAACCCAAAGAGAACAUCGGCUUUUGCUAACCAGAAUUUCAAUAACUCUGAGACCCAAGGAAGCCACACAGCUACCCUGCAACUAGGAAUAGAUGGAAUGCACUGCCAGUCUUGUGUCUUGAAUAUUGAAGGAAAUAUAGGCCAACUGCCAGGGGUUCAGCAUAUUCAAGUAUCCUUGGAGAGCAGAACUGCCGAAGUACUGUAUGACCCUUCUUGUGUCACACCUGAGUCCCUAAAGAGGGCCAUUGAGGCGCUUCCACCUGGGAACUUUAAAGUUUCUCUUCCCGACGGAGCAGGAGGGAGUGGAGCAGGUGACGAGCCUUCCAGUUGUCAUUCCCCUGGCUCUCCCGAGCGAAGCCAGGUGCAGGGCCGGGGUAGCUCUACAGUGCUUAGCGUCACCGGCAUGACCUGUGCGUCCUGUGUACAGUCCAUCGAAGGUGUGCUCUCCCAGCGGGAAGGGGUACAGCGAGUCUCGGUCUCUUUGGCUGAAGGAACUGCAACAGUCCUCCACGAUCCCUCUAUAAUUAGCCCUGCGGAACUCCGAGCUGCUGUAGAAGAUAUGGGAUUUGAGGCUUCGGUGGUUCCUGAAAACUAUUCUACCAACCAUGUUGUAGACCACAGCGCUAGGAACCCGGGAAAGCAGGUGCAGCAAGCCCUGGAUGACCCACCUGUGUCCGUGCAGGAAGUGGCACCCCAAGCCAGGGGACCCCUUAGAAACCACAGCCCCGGCUCCUCAUCAGAUAUCCCACAACCCACUGGGACAGCAGCAGCACAGAAGUGCUUUUUACAGAUCAAAGGCAUGACCUGUGCGUCCUGUGUGUCUCACAUCGAAAGGAAUCUCCAGAAGGAAGCUGGUAUUCUGUCCGUCUUGGUUGCCUUGAUGUCAGGAAAGGCAGAGGUCAAGUAUAAUCCAGAGGUCAUCCAGCCGCCCAAGAUCACCCAGCUCAUCCAGGCCCUGGGCUUUGAGGCAGCGGUCAUGGAGGACAAUGCAGGGUCAGAUGGCGAUGUUGAGCUGGUUAUCACAGGAAUGACCUGCGCUUCCUGUGUUCACAACAUAGAGUCCAAGCUCACCAGAACCAAUGGCAUCACCUACGCCUCUGUGGCCCUCGCCACCAGCAAAGCCCAUGUGAAAUUUGAUCCGGAAAUUAUUGGCCCACGGGAUAUUGUCAAAAUUAUUGAGGAGAUUGGCUUCCGUGCUUCCCUGGCCCAGAGCAGGCCCACCGCUCACCACUUGGACCACAAGGUGGAAAUAAAGCAGUGGAGGAAGUCUUUCCUGUGCAGCCUGGUGUUUGGCAUCCCCGUCAUGGGCUUAAUGAUCUAUAUGCUAAUACCCAGCCACGAGCCCCAUGAGGCGAUGGUCCUGGACCACAGUAUCAUCCCAGGACUGUCCAUUCUGAACCUUAUCUUCUUCAUCUUGUGUACGUUCGUCCAGUUCCUCGGCGGGUGGUACUUCUACGUCCAGGCCUACAAGUCCCUGCGGCACAAGUCUGCCAACAUGGACGUGCUCAUCGUUCUGGCCACAAGCAUUGCCUAUGCCUACUCCCUGAUCAUCCUGGUGGUUGCGAUUGCUGAGAAGGCCGAGCGGAGUCCUGUGACAUUCUUUGACACACCUCCUAUGCUCUUUGUGUUCAUUGCCCUGGGACGGUGGCUAGAACAUGUGGCAAAGAGCAAAACUUCAGAAGCGCUUGCUAAGCUCAUGUCUCUACAAGCCACAGAAGCCACAGUUGUGACCCUCGGUGAGGAUAACUUAAUCCUCAGAGAGGAACAAGUGCCCAUGGAGCUGGUGCAGCGGGGUGAUGUCAUCAAGGUCGUCCCUGGGGGGAAGUUCCCAGUGGACGGGAAAGUCCUGGAAGGCAACACCAUGGCGGACGAGUCUCUCAUCACAGGGGAAGCCAUGCCUGUUACUAAGAAACCUGGUAGCACAGUGAUCGCUGGGUCUAUAAACGCUCAUGGCUCUGUGCUCAUUAAAGCCACGCACGUGGGCAACGACACCACUUUGGCUCAGAUUGUGAAACUGGUGGAGGAGGCUCAGAUGUCAAAGGCACCCAUUCAGCAGCUGGCCGACCGGUUCAGUGGCUAUUUUGUCCCAUUUAUCAUCAUCAUUUCAACCUUGACGUUGGUGGUCUGGAUUGUAAUCGGUUUUAUCGAUUUUGGUGUUGUUCAGAAAUACUUUCCUAGCCCCAGCAAGCACAUCUCACAGACAGAGGUGGUCAUCCGGUUCGCCUUCCAGACGUCCAUCACUGUGUUGUGCAUCGCCUGCCCCUGCUCCCUGGGGCUGGCCACGCCCACGGCGGUCAUGGUGGGUACCGGAGUGGCUGCCCAGCAUGGUAUCCUCAUCAAAGGAGGCAAGCCUCUGGAGAUGGCACACAAGAUAAAGACUGUGAUGUUCGACAAGACUGGCACCAUUACACACGGGGUCCCCAGGGUCAUGCGAGUCCUGCUGCUUGUCGACAUGGCUACACUGCCCCUCAGGAAAGUUCUGGCUGUGGUGGGUACUGCGGAGGCCAGCAGUGAACAUCCCCUGGGCUUGGCAGUCACCAAAUACUGUAAAGAGGAACUUGGAACAGAGACCUUGGGAUACUGCACGGACUUCCAGGCGGUGCCAGGUUGUGGAAUCAGCUGCAAAGUCAGCAAUGUGGAAGCCAUCCUGUCCCAGAGUGAGCGCCCACUGAGUGGGCAGGCUGGUCACCUGAAGGGAAUUGGCCCCCCUCCAGAUGCAGAACCCCAGACCUUCUCUGUGCUGAUUGGAAACCGUGAGUGGAUGCGGCGCAAUGGCUUAACCAUCUCCAGCGACGUCAGUGAUGCCAUGACCGAUCACGAGAUGAAAGGACAGACGGCCAUCCUGGUGGCGAUUGACGGUGUGCUUUGCGGGAUGAUCGCCAUCGCAGAUGCUGUCAAGCCAGAGGCGGCCCUGGCAGUGCACACACUGAAAAGCAUGGGUGUGGACGUGGUCCUGAUCACAGGGGACAACCGGAAGACGGCCAGAGCCAUUGCCACCCAGGUUGGGAUCAAAAAAGUCUUUGCAGAAGUGUUGCCUUCUCACAAGGUGGCCAAGGUUCAGGAGCUCCAGAAUGAAGGGAAGAAAGUCGCCAUGGUGGGAGAUGGGGUAAAUGACUCCCCAGCCUUGGCUCAAGCCGAUGUGGGCAUUGCCAUCGGGAGUGGCACAGAUGUUGCCAUUGAGGCAGCUGAUGUGGUUCUCAUCAGAAACGACUUACUGGAUGUGGUGGCCAGCAUUCACCUCUCCAAAAGAACUGUCCGCAGGAUCCGUGUCAACCUGGUGCUGGCACUGAUUUACAACAUGGUGGGGAUACCCAUUGCUGCAGGUGUCUUCAUGCCCAUUGGCAUCGUGCUGCAGCCGUGGAUGGGCUCGGCGGCCAUGGCGGCCUCCUCCGUGUCUGUGGUGCUGUCGUCUCUGCAGCUCAAGUGCUACAAGAAACCCGACAUGGAGAGGUACGAGAUGCAGGCCCAUGGUCGCAUGAAGCCUCUGAGCGCAUCCCAGGUCAGCGUGCAUGUGGGCAUGGAUGACCGACGGCGAGAUUCCCCCAGGCCCACGCCGUGGGACCAGGUCAGCUACGUCAGCCAGGUGUCUCUGUCCUCCCUGACGUCAGACAGGCUUUCUCGGCACAGUGCCACCAUGGACGAUGGUGGGGACAAGUGGUCUCUGCUUCUGAACGACAGGGAUGAGGAGCAGUACAUGUAAAAGCUCUGAGCGCAGAGCCAGGGGCUGCCGUGGGAACUCACAUCUGCUGGCUGUGGUUGAGCCAGGCGUGGUACAAACAGCGUAUGGGCAUGAAGCUUGCCCACGUCUUGGGACCUCCCAUUCCUGGGGUGUUUCUGUUGUCCCUAACUGCAGCUCUGGGCUUUGCUGAGGUGCCAUCAGAAGGGGCUGGGUAGGACAUCCCUUUAUGGGUCCUGCUGGUGCAGGGCAAAGGAUCCUGGCCUCCCCAUGCUGUUGGCAUGGAACUUGCUCAGACUGCUGAAGGGAAGAGGAAAUCAGUGCUCCUCAUAGACCUCUGCCUAUAAUACCUGGGAGGACUACCUGAGAAAUGAACAGGAUUUUUGGGCUCAAACCCCUGGCUAGGCCUCUUACCAGAACUUGCAGCAAGGCUGACUUUGACAUCACGUGCCUGCAUCACCAUUUACCUCAAGUGCAGCUGUUGCUGUCUGCUGGCACAGUCUCUUCCUUUCCCCCCCUCUGGGUGCUUGCUGACCUUCACACUGAGCGGGACUGCUGCCCUCCAGCGUCUACCCUGCUCUGACCUACUCACUUAGCCUGAUCCUGCCCCCCUCCUGGUUGCACCCCUGCUUGCGAACUCACCGUACCCCCCUUUACACCAAGGAGCCCACUUUGUUGCCGAGUGGCUCCUGCAGGGUCCUUCCACUGUCCCCUAGAGGCAGGCCUCUGAGCCUGACAGGAGUCCAAAUCCAGCUUCCUCCGAGGUCCUGGGGCUCGUGAGCCUGCGCAUGUGUGUUCCUGUGCAGUCUGUGGCAUAGGGCACAGGCACCCUGUGGGUGCCUGGGGGCCUCCCUGUUACCUCACAGGGCCCAGCCAGGCACUGGAGCCUGAGUCCCAGGAGCCCCUAGUGUGUGUGGGAAUGUCCUGGGAGAGGACAGCGGUUCUCCAUGUGAGCCAAGUGGACACCUGAGGGGGACAUAGCAUACAUCUGCUUUUUUUUUUUUUAAAAUAGCCCUGCAAAUACCACCAACUUAAUCUUUAUUUCACAAAGAUACACAGAUACAAUUAAUAGAAAAAUCCACAUUUCUGUGCUUUCUCAACAUUUACCCCACUAACAGAUUUUGUGAGAGGUUGUUUCUUUCUUGGUGCAGAGAAAGGCUAGAUGUCUGAGGUUUGUGAGAGCCCAGCGUUUCUUCCUUUCUACAUUCCAAGUUGUCUUUUCAAAAGUCUUGCCUGAUGUUUUCUUAGUUUGCCUCUCGAUGUUGCUGCUUAAUUGAUAGAAUUCAUUUUCUAGUUGUAAAAUAGUCUGUUAAGUCUUAUAAUUCUUACUGACCAAGGGCCACCUAAUUUGACUGUUUCUCUCAGUUUAGAUCCAGCUGUGAGUUGCAUGUUCUUUUGCUGCUGGUUGAAGUCUUGAAUAUGUUUCCUUAGCUUCCAAAGCUCUUUCUGUGCGUAUUCAAUCAUUUGAACUAGAUUUUCAUUACUUCCCAGGCAUUUCACCACACUGUGACAUUAGUUCCAGACUCUCAGUUUGAGCUGCGUGAUGCUCUAAUUGGGCCAUAGAAUUGUUUACACAUUCCUGACAUGAGUAAUAGCAGAUUUCUAAGCUGAGGAAGGGGCUAGAAGCUCGUAUCCUUUCAUACUGAGCAACACCAUUGGUUGUCAGUUUCGAAAGCAGAAUCAUCUGGGGCUGUUAAGCAGCCUGAGUGGUUCUUAGUAGGUUGUUAUCCGAGUUCUCGCCUUUACCAACACCACAGCUGUUCCCCUCACACCUGUUGCUGUGGCCUUGAUCAAAACACAGCAGCCUGUCCGUCUCUACCUCUUGGGCCACCAAGCCCAGCGCCAGGCCUGCCUUUCAGGGACUGUAGUCUCACCCGUGUUUUCUGAGUCAGAAAUAAUCUGAUUUUACCCUUUGGUGGCUCUUGUGAUGGUGUGGCAUCAGAGGGGCAGGGGCGGGCCAACCUUGGGAGCAGGGUGACAGAAUCAAAUUAAAGUAAAACCCGAGUUUACACUCAAACUAUUUUAUUUAUUGAGUGUCACUUACUUUCCAGGGGCGAUGCUAGUAUUUUUGGUAGAUUACCUCUUAUCCCCUUGGCAAAGUAACAGCAUAGAUGUUACUGUCCACAUUUUACAAGCAAGAAAGCCGGGAGGGAGGCUUAGGGGUCUUGCCUGAGCACACACAGCCAGUGUACGCACAGCUCUGUUGGCUCUGAAGGCUUUCCCCUAAUUCACUCAGUUUGCUCGAUAAGAAUAGACUAGAAAAAGUCUUUGCUCUUGGAAGAUCACAUCUUCCGGGUGAUGUAUUAGUUGUAUCAACUUAGAAAGCAGUGGGUCGUGAGAUCAUUUCACCCUCACUUGGAUGGUCAGUUUGGAUUCUUUUGUGUAAUAUAGUUUUCGCCAGGUUUUAUGUUCUCAAAUCCACGUUCAGGGUUUUGUUGCAUGUACUGUCUGCGGUCUCUUCUGUUUUCUGCCGGUCCCUCCCUAGUACCCAUCUCCAUCUGUCUUCUCUAUUCUUGCUCGGGAAAUGUUUCUUGUUUUGGAAUUAAGCUAAUGAUUUUCUAAAGAAUCUAAUUGUGUUGAUUUUUAAAACUUUUAAGACCAUUAGCAUCACCUUCAUAUGAAUUGAAGAUAUUUAUAUAAUUGUACAGAAAGUAACCUUUUAAGAUGUUCAGAGUGUCGGGAGUUUUGGGGUCAGAUAACAGUUCCUGUUUCAAAAAAUGUUCCACACAAUAUGAGAAUAAAGUUUCAUUUUAUUCAUCUAAAA